AUGGCUAGCAGAGAGGAACGAAAUUACAGAAAUACAGAGGCAGUUCUUGCUUCUCUUCCCAACAUCGAGACUGCACGACUGGGACUUCAACUUGGGUUGUGCUAUCCCAAUGCUCCUUGGGCAGUUGACCCAGACAAGGGCGGUUUGUAUUAUCUGAAUGUUGCAACUCUGCCACUCGACGCUGCUGUCAAAGUCCAAUUUUUUUUGAGGGCUAUCAGCAGCCCAACGAGGUGCUUGCGGUCCAACCAAAUGGAGAUUCUUGUACGAUGCGAUGAACGUGAACUCAACAAAAUUUUGCGAAGUAUCGUCACAUUUCUAGAGAGAAUUGGGACCAGGCAUCUUGAUGCAAAGAUCGAGAGCCAGGCAAAAGAGUUGUGCAAUCAGCUUGCACAACUGUUCAAGGUUGAGUUGAAGAGCUUUUCAAUCAAUGAUAAUGCCUUGGAAAUGUUCCGCUAG